UGGAGAGGCGAGGGCGGGAGGAGCAGGACCAGGCGUCUGGACACCUGGGCUGCCGGCUACCUGGGUCUGAAACUGUGGGCCCCCGCAAGCACCCUCUGCACCAGGAAGGCGACCCUGACAUGAGACGGCUCCUGCUGCUCACGGGCCUGGUGGCUGUGUUGCUGCUGGAGGCAGGCUCAGCCCGGACCCACCAGGUCCACGUCCAGACCAAAGGCAAAGUCGGGGCUGAGCAGGACACAGUGGAGGCCUGGGAUGCCCACGCGGUCGAGUCUCCGGAGAAAGACAACCAGCUCAUCUGGCUGCUCAUGGCGCCCAAGCUCAUGGCCACCAGCGAGGAGCAGCAAGGUGCCAAAGCCCUGGCAGAGACCGAGGAUGCCCUGGGCCGCGUCCUGGGCCCGAGGGAGGGUCCUGAGCCUGACCGGGACAGCCUGUUCCAUGACGGGCCCGAGGAGGCCCUGGAGGAGGCGAGGCCCUGGGCUCCGGUGCUGCCCCCUCGCCAGGUGCUUCGCGGACCUGAGGAGGACCGAGACUACAUCUACCACCCCAGGGAGCCCUGACCCCGCCCCGGCCGGAGAAAAAUAAAGCCUGCAGAGGUG